UCACUCUGUCAAGAGGUUUUCGAUAGCGCGUGCGAUUAUUAUUCGGCGAUGAACGCCACUGGAUUUGAACCCCUUUCACCUUCGGUUCACGCAGAGUGGGGGGACAGGAGAAGGUAUCAGAGAGAUCAGCACCAGGUGAAGAAGAUACUUGAAGACAAUCCAACAUAUAUUGAGGAGGACUAUUGCACCAAGGUCUGGAAAGUGGCCCAGGAGGUGUAUGGCGAGGCCCGGUGCCGGUGGCAGCGCUGCCUGGUGGAGGAGGAGAGAGGUGGUGCUGCACUGACCUGGGGUCUGAUUGCGCUCACUUAUGAGAAAGAUGGAUGGGUCAGUUGUGAGGACAUUCCUGUGCUGAUGUUUGGUAGAUUAGAUUCCUCAGGCGUCAAUGUGAGGAGAAGGUCUGGGCUGACCGAGCUGCUUAUUCAUGGCAGAUUUGAGGAAGCUCUACGCUUUGCCAAGAAGGAGGGCCUAGGGCAUCAUGCCCUUCUGCUCUCAAGCACGGUCGUACAAAUACACGAAGGGUCAUUUAAAGAAUACAUUGAUUGCCAGAUACAAGGUAUGGACAACAGUAAUCCCCUGAAGACUUAUUACAAGCUCAAGUCAAGGCAAAUACCCUUUGAUGACUGGGGCUCUGAAUGUAAGGACUUGGGGGACUGGCGUCAGCAUCUGGCCAUGAUCCUGGUCCACUCUCCUCACUAUGUAUAUCGCCAAGAGAGCAUCGCAAGGUUGACAGACAUUCUGGACUCCAUUGGACAGGCACAGGCUGCCCACUUCUGCCAGGUGGUAGCACAGCUGGAGGCGGACCUCCUUCGGGGAUAUUGGCCAGAGGAGAUGACUAAUUGGCACAAGGACCUGGUCUGGAGGGAGAAGGAGAUGGCCUCCAUAACAACACACAAGCCAAUCAGUCUCAACGUGCGGCCUGGUGUAAAGCGAUUGGGCAACAUGAAGGCCCAGCCUCUCCGCCGUCUGCGGACUCAGCAGUUUGAGAUGAUGCAUCCGGCUCCAUCCACUCAGCCUUCCAUCAGUCUCAAUCUGGCUGCAAAGAUCGAUGGCCAGAGAGAGACUGAAGAGAUGCCAGAGGCUGAGAAGACCUCAGCGCCCACUGAGGAGAGGGCUCCCACUGAGAAGAAGAGGGAGAAAUCACCCAAAAAGAAAUUUUGGCACAGAUUUUUCUGUGUAUGGAAAGUGGAGGACUGAACUCACAUCCUCCUGAGUCUUGGCUAAUGGGAAACAAUAUGAUUCAAACCUGGAAUGGGAAAUCUGUAAUUGGACAAUGUGCUAUGAGAUUCAAACUUGGACAAUUGGCAAUCUGCCAUGGGAGCCGAAGCUACAAAAUCAACCACUGGGAAAUUGGCCGUUGGGAAACCCUGUAGUGAAGGAGAGUAGAGUUGCCCCGCCGGGACUCAAACCCCAGCCUUCAGGGUACUAACUAAACUAUACCAAAGAGCCAAGCAAUGUGAUGGAAUGACCAUCACUAGGACUGUGGGUGUGUUCUGACAGUCACACCAACGAGCCUGGCUCUUUGGUGUAGCAGUCUGAGCGCCAAUUUACUACCUCAGAAGGUCUGGGUUUGAGUCCCAGCUGGGCAACUCUACUCCCCUUGGCUACAAAACCAAUGAAAUUUGAACCUGCCAUGACUACGGAACCUAAUGGGAUUAAAACUCGCAAAGACUAUGGAAAAUCUGCAAUUGGGAAAACUGCAAUUGGAUUCAAACCUGGAAAGUCAGCCAUUUGGAAAUCUGCAAUGGGAUUUGAACCUGUAAAUUGGCCAUUGGGAAAUUUUCAAUCAGAUUAAAAACUGUAACAACUAUGAGAAACCUUCAGUGAGAUUCAGACUUGCAAUAGCAAUGGGAAAUCUGCAACAGGAUUCAGAUUUGAAAUGACUAUGGAAAAUCUGCAAUGAGAUUCAAACUUGGACAAUUGGCAAUCUGCAAAGGGAGCCGAACCUACAUCAGCAAAUGGGAAAUCUGUAGCGAAUGAGAGUGGAGUUGCCCCGGUGGGAUUUGAACCCUGGCCUUCCGGGUACUAAACUGGGGCUC